AAGGACCUACAUCUGUACUGUGGACCAAGCCCAUAACCAUUAACUCUUGCAUUGGAAGGUAUUCUCCGUACCUUUAUACACCCGUUUCUGGUUUGAAUCACUUCCUACUGGCUUCAUCUACAAGAAGUUUUGGGGAUACAUCAAGUUUGGAUUGUAACAGUUCCUCUAUCUGGAAGUUAUCCGUCGUUUGGGGAGUUUUGUGUCCCAAAUCUGACAUAGAUUCUGAAUUCAGAGAGAGUGGUUAGCAUCGCACUGUUUGCAAGUACAGGGAAAUACCAUUAAUAAAUGCAGAGAUCGAACAAACCGAGAAUUGAGAUUGAGUAUUUUGAUAUGGUGAAGGAAGAUAGGAGAGGAAGAAAUAGUCGGAGUAUAGGAGAGAAAGAUGAAGAUUAUGAGAAUGGUUGCUCAGGGGGAGUUAAACAGUUCUUCAAGGAGUACAUGAUGAGUGAGCCUGAUGUAGCUAGAGUCUCAGGAGAAAGUGAAGCUUAUGUAUUGAUUGGAGAGAAGACGUCUGAGGAAACCGAGGAGCAAGUGGUGGAAGAAGUAGUCUCAAUAACAAAGGUAACAACUGAAGAGUCUUCAAUCAUCUUGCCAGCGGAGGAUGAGCCUAAGAUGAAUGGUGAGACGGUAACUGAAGAACCGAAGGAGAGAAAGAGAAUUACUAAGAGUAUCAGUCUGACGCAGGAAGAAAUGGAAAAUGAUAAAGUAGCCAAAAAGGUAGCAAUCUCAAACCGGUUAUCACAGUUUCAGAAAGCAUGCCAAAAAGAAAACACUCCUACUCCUGGACGUGGUGGUUCACAUCGUCUUGACAUGUCUAAGUAUCAAACUAAGGGAUCAGAGAAUGAGAAUAAAAGAGCAUCUAUGACCAAACGUCUUGAUACAUCACGCUUCUCUAAGUUCCAACAAGGAGAUAGUACAGAUAACGCAACCCCACAAAAAGUCACCAGAAACUUCACAAUCACAUCUUCAUCCAGAAGAAAAACUUUUGAGAAACCAGCAAGUGUACCCACCUCCAGUUCACAAUGUUAUAUCUGCAACAAGACAGUUUAUCCAAUGGAAAAGAUCACAGCGGAUGGAAUCAACUAUCACAAGACAUGCUUCCGCUGUAAAGUGUGCAACAGUCGCUUGAGCCUUGGUAACUUUGCCGCAUUAACAGGCAACCUGUACUGCAAGCCUCACUUUGGUCAACUCUUUAAACUGAAAGGAAACUAUGUCGAUGGAUUUGAUGGUUCAUCUAAUUCAUUGCGGACUGCAGAGAAUGGAGUUGAUCAGAAUGACAGCCAGCAAGGAAAUGAGGAUGUAGAGACCCAGUCGUUUGAAGGAACCAAAUCUAUCAAAGAUCAAUUUGAGAAGGGAGAAGUGAGCAGCAUUGAAGUCAAAAAGGCGUUUGAUAGAGAGACGGUGUCAAGGACAAGUGAGUCUUGCGAUUACACUGCGCCAGAACCUCGGCAGAUUUCAGAGAAUGAACCAGUACUAAACCCCGACGUGAUUCGCUCCUGCGACACGGUCGAUGAUAGAUCUGUCAUCAUCCGCACUAGAUCCAUCCGUGAUCAGUUUGAGAAGGGAGAAAAUAAAACUGCACCGGGUAAAAGCUUUGACUUCCAGUCUGAAAUCAGAGCAGCUAGAGAAACAGAGGUUCAAGAAAGCACUGGGCAGGUGUCGGAGAGUACUCCAGUCCGGAAUGAAGAAGUUGUACGAUCAGAUGUUGCAUCAGAGGAAGUCAAGACAUUCUCUGGCGGUAUUCGAUCCUUGAAAGAUCGUUUUGAGAAAGGAGCAGUCAGUAAUAUUGAUACGACUCCUGUCAAACCAAUGAUCAACGUUCGCUCACUGGAGGAUUAUAACCCAACUGGAAAUGAAAGUGGAGUUUCUGAAAGCACUCCGGUGUAUCGUGAUGAUGUCGUACGUUCAUCUCAGAAGAUGGAUGAUCCAUUUAUCACAAGCGGAGGUGCUAGGUCUCUUAAGGCAAGGUUUGAACAAGGAAAGGUUUCAAAUAUUGAAGAGAAGCCUAGAGAGAAGAUUGAGAUUACUCCAAGAUCUCUUGACUACACCGAGAGUGAAGAUGCUGUCGAUCAGGGCGGGGUCUCUGAGAAUACACCUGUCCACCGAGAUGACGUCUUGAGGGAGGGUGUUGAUGAAGAUCCUGGCAUCAAAGUAGGAGCUGCCAAAUCUCUACGCAACAUGUUUGAGAAAGGAGAGGUACACAACAUCGAGGAGAAACCUAAGAUGUCACCAGAGAGAUCCAUCCAUUCUCUAGAAGACCUUACUCCAUCAACUGAAGGAGUCGUUGAGAAUACCCCAGAGAUCCGUACAGACAUCAUGAGAGAAACGACAGUCAGGGAUGAACCCAUGAACAUUCAGAGUGGGGUGUCCCGCUCACUCAAAGAUCGCUGGGAGAAAGGAGAUGUAGAAACCGCUCCUGAGAAGCCCAAGAUGGUGAUUAAUAUCAAAGGAGAGGGUCAAGUUGCUGAGAGUGAACCCGAGGUUCGUGAAGAUCUUGUCCGAGAAUCAACUGAGAUUGGAGAAGAGAAAGCAGCCAGAGCUAGUUCCCUUCGAGCUCAGUGGGAGGCGGGAGAUGUUGUCCAUGCUGAGAAUAAAGUCGAGAAAGAGAAGAUUACACCCAAUAGGUUCUCGGCAUACUAUGAGGGAGAUCAGGAUGAGAUGCCUCAAGAUCUACCCAUUGAGGAACCAAUCCCAGAAGGUAAUGAUGUGACAGUCGAAGAAGGGACCAAGGAAGAAGAAGUAGAAGAAUCAAAAGAAGAGGAAACAAUGGAGGAGGCAGUUGAAGAGCCAAGAGAGGAAGUAACCACAGAAGAGGCAGUUGAAGAAAUUACCACCGAGGAGGAAAUCCAAGAAGGGACCACCGAGGAGGCAGUCGAAGAAGGGACCACGGAGGAGGCAGUUGAAGAAGGGACCACGGAGGAGGCAGUCGAAGAAGGGACCACGGAGGAGGUCGUUGAAGAACCAAGAGAUGAAGAAAUCUUGGAGGUUGAAGAGGAAACAGUGAAUGGACACAUUGAGGAGAAUGGAAAUGAUGAGCCUCUGAACGGACAUGGAGCACAGAAUGGAUUUGAGAUCGAGGUUGAAACCUCUCAGCAGGAACUCAUUGAAGAUUAUCCAGCUCAGACUUCCCCUGGUCACCAGGAUGUCGCAUCAUGGGAAAUAAAGUCCGCAAGAGCCGCAGCCGUACAGAUCCAAGAUGAAGAUGUAAAUGAGAAUCAGAUUGAAGAUGCUGACAUAGAGGGCGCUCUUAAGUUGGAGAUUCAAGAUGGUGAUGCUAAUAUUGCUCUUACUGUUGAGGAUGAAUAAACUUCUUCAAUAGAUCUGAUUUUUUUAUCAAGUAUCGCACGUUUUAUUUGAAUGAUUUGACAACGAUGACUUCCGGACUAGUUGCCUUUGCUUAUAUGUCUUAGAACUAUGAGUUUUAACUGCGCUCAUUUAACUGCAGCAUGCUUAGCAACGUCAGCCAGCAUUGGAGGCAAGUAUUGCCAUAGCAACCAUUCAAGAUCAGAAAGGACAUGCUUAUUUUUGUUAUCUGUGUGGUUGCUUCAUUAGAAGACAAUGAUGUUCAAAGAUGAUAAAUCGGUGCAUAAUUGGGAUCUUGAAGCUAUGAACCCAAUGAACGCUUUAAUGCCCUUCUUCAAAUGAUCUUGAUAUAGCCAUUUUUUAAAGAGACAACAUUUUGUGAGCGUUUCCAAAAAUGAACUCAGUGACUGAUUUAUGUUUUUAUGUUUGAAUAAUUUGGAGAGGCAGGAACAUCUUGGAGAGGCAGUAAAGAUGUUUCUAUGGACCACUUGCAUGAGUAGAACAAUCAACAAAUAUGACUCGCAAUAUGCAUAGGAGAUUGUCCAAUAGUGAUCAUUGUCUGAAUCCCGUCAACCAGUAGAACCCUCGCUUUGAUUGAACUUAAUGGUAGAAACGUCCAAAGCGUUUCAAAACUGCUGGUAAUCUCCCUCAAAUCAUUAUCUAAUGACUGAUAAACACAGAGAGAGAGACUGCGGGAUACCAGUGUUUGCUGAUGAGAUUAAUGGAACAAACAGAUGGUUACCAGUUCUCCUUUGUUUCAAGAUGUUCCAGAAAGGUGAUGUGAGAGAAGUGUCGUCAAGGUGACCUUGUUGCUAGGUACCAGUACUUGGUUAAAGGUGACAGACUGAUGGGUGUGGAAUUAAGGAUUUCUAGCAUAGUGUCUUUACUGUGUAUAACUUCACAAAUGGUGUUUAUGUCUAACAUUUCAGCACAGUUACGUUUCACCAGAAACCUUUUUUUAUAAUAUUUCUGUUGCUAAAAUGAUAUUUGUUAUGGUAGUGUAAGCUUUGUUCAUUGAUGCUCAUCCUUAUAUAUAGUCAAGCUUCUAUAGGUAGCAUUUGCAUUCAAUGUAUUAAUUAGUAAGUUGUGACAUUGUCUUUUCAAUUGCAAAUUAUGCAUUUAUAAAAAGCAAUAAUUGCAAAGCUAAGAAAGGAGUUUUCGAGCUUUACGAUGUCUCUAUUUUGAUUAAUUUAUGUGAAGUAACUUUCCUUAAUGCAAUGUUAAAUUGUGUAGUAGACCAGAGUAUCCAUUAUGUGUUGUGAAUGUGGUGCAAUGUGAAUGUGGUUGAUGAUUUAAUGUAAAUGACUUCAAAGCUUUUCUAUAUUUUGAGCCUUUUAUAUCCGUGUCUGUUGCAUUUUAUAGGUCAAAGUAGUUUAGUUUUAAAUGCUAAUAUGAUUAACAGUACCCAAGUAACGUAAAUCUGCACGCACUGGCAUGUUAAGUAAUCACUGUAUAUAGGAUUUAAGGAAACCAACUUCUUCAUUCGCCCUUUCCAAUAUUUGAGAAGAAGUAGAUACAUACUGUAAGGAAGUCUGUCAUUAAUGCAGAAAGAUUCUACUAUUGUAAGAUCGGCCACUUAUAAUUAUAAUAGGCCUUUGUCUUCUGGAUCCACCUGUUUAACAUAGUGCACCUGUUAAUCAUGUUGAAACAUAAGUGGUUAGGAACUAGCACCAACAUAGUAUGCGUUUGUCAUCUAAGACUUUAUGUAUUUCUAAGCAGCUUUAUUGAGAUAAGUUGAAAAAACUCAUCCACAGGCAGGAAAUACGUAUCAACCACCUACUUGUCAAAUAUCUAGCAACUUGUCAUUCUUGGCAUUUAUAAAAUAUUGGAAUUGAAACAACACAGAGUGUCUUCACUUUGAUUGGAAAUGUUAUCAAAUCCAGACAUUGUGAAAAGGAAAUAGUUCAUUUAUGAAACAUGGGAUACAUUCUGAGGUGAAAAUUGAUGUAGGACGAUCAGCAAAAAGUGGUCUUUGUUGUCCAUCGUCUGCUGGAAAAAUAUGUCUAGUUCUGAUUUUUCUGAUAUUCAUUAAAGAGUAAGAUUCCUCCAGAUGGGACACAAUCACACUGGUGGAAAUUACAUCUUCUUUUCCAAUAACUACCUACAAUACAAGGAGGAUGUCAACAUUAAAAGUCAACUAUGCAAUUGUGUCCCAACAGCCAAGUGUUCUUACAUUAAAUCACUUCAAAUAAUUGUAACUUAAAUGUGAAAAAUUAGUAUAGUUAUCUGUAGUACUUUUAUGUAUAAUUCAUCAACGUCAACAAAUUAUGUAAUAAUAUUUGUCUUUCCUUAAAUUACGGGCUUACUUUAUUAAAUGCUUAACUUGAAAAUUGCCUGAAACUCAAAUCUUGCCUAGAUGUCCAUGUAGAGCAUAAUGCAGCUGCGAGUAGUAACAGUUUGGACAGUUUGGAAGGAACAAUCAGUAAAUCUGAUUGAAACUAGUCCUGUCCCCUUCCCCUACAUAAUCACAAAGUUAUUUCUUCAUCUAUGAAAGUACUACAUAAUAUAGUUCCAUUUAUUUGGAGCAUUGUUACAAGUAACACUAUACACAGCAUUCUUCCUGUAAGUUAUGGUUUCUACAAAAUGUGAUGAAUGCUGGUGCAGUUUUGUCCUGUGGAGUUGAAACUUUAAAUAGUCUUUAUUAAGUCGGUUUAGGCAUUUUGAUUCUGUCUUUGCUAGUUAAAGUCCUUUUCUUGGUCGUUAAGUUAAUGUAAUAUUUUAGACAAUUUUGUUUUUAAUGACAUUUGGGUUUUCUAAUGAUUUUUAAUGGAUUAACAUAAUGAAUCUUCCAAUUCAAGGAAAUUCUUGUUUGUAUUUUUAUAUGAAGACGUUUGCUUUCAAUAACAACUACUGGUUCCUUUUGUUUGAGACAUGCUUUAUUGCGAAUGAAGUUAACAUAUCCACCUGCUGAUGCUGAUAAAUGAUUAAUUAAUGGUUUGAUGUCUAACCUUAUCCCUUAGAUCACGCAUGGGUUUAGCUUUAUAUAGUCAAAUCCAGCAUCAAUGAAGGGCUAUAUGAUAAGACCGAUUUGAUGGCAUUGUUCAACCAAGUUAAUUGUUGAUAGACUCGAAACGAAACUGUUCAUAUCCAACUACAGUUGGUGAAAUGGGGGAUGGUUUUGUGAUUUUGAACUUUGUUUACUACAAAAUGUUCAAACGUGUUUACUUCUCAUAGGUAACAAUGUUUAUUUUUCAUGUGUCAAUUUGGUGCCUUUAAUGUUCACUGGUGCGUAACGUGGGUUCAUGGGAAGAGGUCAUGAUGGGUUUAUUGUUUUAAUAUUCAAGUGAAAAGAAAACACAUCGGAAUUUUGAUUAAUGAUACCCCAAUGUCAGAUGUGGUCACUUUGUUAUUUUUACUUUUCGUUGCCACUUUAUGAAUUAUAAGAAUCAGAGUUUUUUUAUAACAAGGUUAAACAAUAUUGAGAUGUUUCAAAUCGCUUUGUCGAAACUUUGACAACUUAUUUACUUUGUAACUGAAGACAGAAGUCUACUGUCAAUGAUACAUUGACUUGGACUCAAGCCAACUUAAUACAACCAAUAUUAUUUUUACUGUGCUGUUUCCCGAAAAAACGUUGAGAAAUUGUUUUGGCAGAUUCAGCUAAAUAUCCUUAAGAUUAUUUAAUUCACAUGGCAUCACCACAAACAUAUUCCUUAUUGUGUAAACUAACUGUUUAAAGUAUAAAAAUAGCAUUAUAAAGUCAUGUACUACGAAGUUUUAAAGUAGAAAAAGGCGGCACGAUUUUAACAAGUUUUUCCUGUUAUGGGUUUUUGUUUUGUUGUUUUGGGCUUUUUUUGCUCUUUAAAAAGUAAAAAGUGAAAAUAAUAAGAAGAACUGGAAUAUUUAAGCAGAACUUUAUGGGCCUUGACGUAUAUAUUAUAACCCUGAAGCGCAUAGUAGAGAGUAAUAACUAAUAGGUACACCGUUAUAUAGGAACUUUAAGACACUCUAGGGACCCACAUAUUUAGCCAAAGAUUGUGCACUAUUAGAAUGUUUCAAUAUGAAGUAUUGCCCUAUAAUUGGAAACGGAUGCAUCUAUGACUGUAACAUAAAAACACGAUUUUAAUUAACUUCCUUUGAUUUUAUUUUAUUAACGUGUAGAUCAUACCAUGCUUAAGAAAUCAUGUAUAACAAAGAUAUAAAAGGAUCAUGAAUUACUUGAACUGCAUAAUAUUUUAAUAAAGAACUGUUUUAGAUAAUCAAUGCAUGGCUGAUUAAUUAACUGGAAAUGUUGAUAAUAAAAUUGCAAAAGUUAAA